CACAGUUAACCUUCUUUAAAUUUAAGUUCACUGAGGAAGAUCAGGUAUGUACUUCGCGAUACACAUACCAGUGUAGUUCGCUUCCACCGGUUCGCUUGCGGGAGGCUGUCUUUGAAGGCCUUCAGCGUAAAAACAUAAGCCAUGCUGCUGCUUUCGUUGAUGACAUCGCUAAUGUGUACCACCACGUUCGCAGCUAUACGACGGCUUUAAAGCGGACCUCGUGAGAAUGAUUACGAAUAACACAGCACUCCAAUCGCUAGCUAUCGUUCCCACGUUCGUUACGCGAAGAAGCUUUCCAGAAAUGAUGCAGGAGUUCCAACAGAGUACGCUGCCGCAAGGGAUUUUGUAUCUUGCAAUAUUGGCUUCAGAGCUCUUCACAUGGCGUGAGCUAUCGAUAUGGGGUGCUCAGGGUGGAUGGAACAAGCUAGAGCGGCUAUACACUUUCGCGCACUUGCUCAAUGCCUUCAUUGGAAAAGCUGCUCAGCUGGAAGAAUUAGCCGUUCAGCCCCUCUGUUGGACAGAUCUUGACGCAGUCAAACCGUACGUGGAAACGCUGCAAUCCGGCGCAUCAUCAGCACUCACGUUCCCCGGGAUGCGCCGCUUCGUUUAUAGCACAUGCGAGAGAAUCACCAAUCAACAGCAUAACGGCGACAUGCUGCCUUGGGUUCUCUUGAAGAUGAUGCCCGGACUAACAGAUUUCGACAUGGCUCAUUACCACUUCGUGAAUGGAAGCCCCGGUCCUGCCGGAGUGGACACGCCGGGAGCGGAAGAGCUUCGCAACCUUCGGCAAGUGUGCCCGAAAAUCGAGCGAUAUCAACUCGAUUUCGCUGUAGAUGGCCGCUGGCCAUUUGACCUCCUCAACGAGCUAGCCCGAUUUCCCCAGCCGAUCGAGCUCGACCUCUACCUUCAUCUUGCUUUAGAGGACGCUAAGCGCCUUUCUAAGAAGCGAAAGUGCCAAUACGCUUUCGAAUACAUGAAGUCCAUUCGGAAGUCCGUCAGUUUACCCGUCCAGUCGCCCUUCCGGGUGGGGUUCAAAACCAUUCGGCCGGCAGCGGAGAUGGAGGGCCACUAUAGGAUCCCGGACUACAACUUCUACCUCAGCAAGAGGGGGAACACUUGCUGUGGGGAGCGCAAGAGCAAACCGAGCAAACCAUUCUCGCCGAAGUUUGACUUCGGCGACAUUUCGGUAGAGGAGCUGGUGAAGAUGAGCAACCGGCCAAUCUGUAAGAUGCUCGUUGCGCUACCGCUGGGAUUCGUGCCGGCAAAAUGGUACGUACAUGAGUUCCGCAAAAGUUACACCAUAAUUGAUGAGAUUUUGCGCCGUUGCUCGAGAAUCGCGCGGUGGAGGUGUUUGGAAGACGCGACGCUAUUCGAUUUGUGGGAUGCGAAGGGAAGCGAUGCGCACGGCAGCAGCGAGGGGGAGGAAGUACAGGAAGACCCGCGUCCGCAAGCCUUAGGCGAUUCAUGAUACGCCAUCGCUAUCGCCGGAACGGAGUCUCUUGUGGAUGACCCAGACACAGACAUCGCGGAAGCCCAGGACGGCACUGCGGAUUAGGCGAGCUUCUUCACGAGUCAGGAGACUAUGGCUGCUGCGUCCAGGAUGGUUUGUUGUUCUUCCAUCCA